ACAAUCAUCUGUCUUUUGUACCUUGCUACUUCUGUUACUGGAAAACACUACAUUUGGAAAGGAUGUACAAAGGGAUAUUUCUUUGUGUUUUACUUGCUGUGAUCUGUGCAAACUCACUGGCAACGCCAAGUGGCUAUGCAGAUGAAGAUAAUGAUGAAGUCGAACGCUAUGUACGAGGCUGGGCAUCUAAAAUAGGACAAACUUUGGGAAAGAUAGCUAAAGUUGGAUUAAAGGAAUUAAUUCAACCAAAACGAGAGGCAAUGCUACGCAGCGCUGAGGCCCAAGGCAAGAGACCAUGGAUACUCUAAAUGAACAGAAAAACUGCUUUGCUGACAAAGCAUUUACCCCGGUCUGAAGAAUAAACACAGCCCUCAGAUAAACUCGAGACCUUUAAAAAUACAUGAUUCCAAUGCUAAUAAAAUAAUC